GUACGUAUUGCAGUGAAGAAAUACGAGUUAAAGUCUGGGUAUGUUCUUGUAUAUACUAAGAAUGAACCUAGCAGGUUCUAUGCAAAAUGCUCUAAAUAAAAUUGCCCUUGGGAGUAUAAGGUUUGUGUUGUUGAUGUUGAAAACAGGAUGCUUAAGGUUAAGAAAUAUUAUAGCAGUCAUCACUGUGGUGUGGGAUGUCAAAGGCUUUUCCACAGGCUCAGCAGUAAAUUUGUUUCUAGUCUUAUCAAGGAAGAAAUCAGAAGUGAUCCGAGUAUCAAAGCUUCUGAUUUGAAAAAGUUUUUUAAACAUACGGUAUCAAUAUGAAAUACUACCAAGCUUACAAUGGAAGAGAGAAAAUGUAUGAGGAUAUAUUUGGUGAUGAUGCCAUUUCGUAUUCGCAUCUGGUAUGGUAUGUAGAUGCCAUUCGCAGCACAAAUCCUGGGAGUUGUAUUGAUUUUCAAGUUCAAAGGGAUGAAACUGAAUCGAACAAGGAUAUUUUAACUGAUUUAGAAGUUGAAGCACCUUCAAAUAAGUUUGUGCGUCUUUUUAUUGCUUUCGAGGCAUGCAUCAGUGGUUACCGUUACCUUCGUCCCAUGAUUUAUGUCGAUGCUACCUUUCUUACAGGGAGAUUUAGAGGAUGCCUCAUGGCUGCAACCGGUAUCAAUGCUGAAAAUGGGUUCUUUCCACUAGCCAUGGCCCUAGUACCUGCUGAAGAUAAUGAUAACUGGGAAUGGUUCAUGAGGAAUUUGAGUAAUGUUGUUGAUCAUGAUGAAAGGCCAAUCACAUUUUUAUCCGAUCGUGCAUAAGGAUUAAAGAGAUCGAUUCCAGUUAUUUUCCCUGGAUCCUUCAAUAGUUUCUGCUAUUAUCAUCUUAAGAUGAACUUACCUAUUAAUGCUUCUGACGAAAGGUAUGGUGUCGUUAUUGAUGCAUUUCAUGCUUCUGUAUAUGCUCUUAGUCCUGAAGGCUUCCAAAAUGCCAUUGCUACGAUUAGGGGUCUUGGUUGUGGUUGGGUUGCAAACUAUAUUGAAGAUAUACCUCCCGAAAGAUGGUCAAAUGCCUUUUUUCAGGGUUGUAGGUAUGGAAGGACAUCUUCUACUCUUGCUGAAUCCUUCAAUAGUUGGAUGAAGGUACAUAAGAAGCUCUCUGCUAAUGCUCUUCUGGAUCAGAUAAGGAAGGAUGUGAUGAGGAUGAUGUCAGAAAGGAGAAAUACCGAUAAAAGUUUCAUAACAGUUCUCACACCGAAGAAUGAAGUAAAGAUGAAGG